GAAAAAGUAGCAAGAACUUUGCUUCUCAACAAGUACAAUGAUAGAAAUUCAACAGCUUCAACUUAGUUCCCGAUCUCGCUUGAAAACCUUUUAAUAGCACCCAGUUCAAGCUCACAAUAACGCAUUUUAAGCCUGAUAUUUAUAUUAUUUUUUGAGUACAGGGGCCUUUUCUACUUUUACAUUAUUUACAGGCCUUCUGCUUUUAGUUUAAACUGCAAAGAUCACUAUUAAUCUCCAUUUAUGAAGACUGGGAGUACAUCAUCCUUCUUUUCCUCCUUUCAUACAGAAGUACCUUCUUGCUAUAAAUAGUUAUUUUUUCCUGUUUAUGGAUUAGAUGAUGGAUAAAUUUGUUGUAAGAACACCCAGAACUAAAGGAGAACCAACAAAGAGCAAUCCUGGAAAAAAGAUUUAUAAACAAGCUACAAUAGAAUCUCUGAAGAGAGUUGUAGUUGUAGAAGAUCUAAAAAGAUGGAAAUCUGUACUAGAGCUUUCAAUUCAACCUAAGGAGAACCUAAUUGAGGCCUUGAUGGAGUUAAGGAAGAAAAUACCUUCCAAGGAAAUUUUACUUUCAACGAAAAUAGGUCAUACAGUGAAUAAGAUGCGGAAACAUCCGGAUCAGGAUGUGGCCACUCUUGCGAAAGAGGUUUACGCUGAGUGGAGAAGCUUUAUUAAAAACCAGUCAAAUAGACCUUUAAUUGAAGUCAGGUGUAAUCCCAGAACAGAGAGCCUGAGGCAGAAUGCCCGGAAGCUACUAGCAGAAGCUCUAGAAGUCGAGAUUGGUCACCUGCUGGCAGAAAAUAUUGAGCAAGAAGCUUUUUAUCUCUCUUCCCAUCUUGUUAACACGUCCUAUCGCAGGACCGUGCGAGCACUCGUGUUCUCUUUGAAGCACAAUCCGGAAACUCGCGCACAAGUGCAAAGUGGGGUUUUGCCAGUUAAGAUGCUUGUCCAAAGCCACAAAAAGUGAUUCAUAUGGAGAUUAUGGAGGUUGUAAAAUGGCAUAAGUAUUCCAAAACAUGGGACUUCUUUUUGGUGGACUAAGCAUGUUUUGGAUCAACCAUAAUGUGGAAACAUGUAUAUUUAAGAAACUUUGUUGCUGGCCCAAUCAUCAUUUGAAGCAAAUGGUGGUGUGCAAGAUUGGGUAAGGGCAUUCUUCUAUCUUAUAACAACCUAGAAAGAAAUCUAUUUUAGACAGUAGAGUCUACAACUUUUGUAGUAUGCCAGAAACCUAUAAGAACUGAAAUAAAAU